AUGGCAAAAUUGCAUUUAUUUGUCGUUCUAUCUUUAAUGUCCGUUGCUGCUUCGGCUCUAUCCAUUUAUGAUGAUCAAGUAGGCCACUUUGAAAAAAGAACCGACGACGUUUACGUUUGUCCAGAGAUUGCAAGAAAUGUUUUGAGCAAAAGAAACAACGUCGAACAAUGUCAAACUACUAUCGCUGAAGCAAUUUUCCAAGAUGUAUUUGAAGGAUUUUUUUUCUUCGCACAAGAUGAAUGCGGUAGCACUACUAUAGUUGGAAUGUUCUCUCAUGGAUUCGAAAUCUUCAACAAUGAUACAAGUGAUGUUAAAUUUCAGAUCCUUGAUAGCUGUAAUCGUACCAUCUAUGAUCUCACGGAUGAAUUGAAUGUUCAAAUUAAUAAUGAUGGCAGUACUGAUCCAUUUAGUUACACCUUCGAGGAAAUAAACCUCGACUGUUAUGACGAUGGUAUCCUUUUCCCUACAGAUUCAUUAAGUAAAAGAAAUUGCGAAGGUAAUCAACGUCGUGCACCACAUGGCAAACACGUGGGAAUCACAAAAAAUAAUAAAGAAUAUGGAGGAGCAAGUAUAAAGCGAAUGAAGAAACGUCAUUAA